AUGGCGUCCCUCACAUCCUCCUCAAAGGUGCAGCUAGCAGCAACCGCCAUCGUGUCAGCCACUCUGGCAGCGGGCGCCGUCCUCAGCUAUCAGCGCCUGCAACAAGGCGACCGCGUGUCUCGACUAAAGCAGUCCAUCCCCCAGCCCAGCGACGGCGAGCCUGGUCUCCAAUCGGUAACCCGCGUCGGCCCCCUUCCGAAACCCGACAAAGAAGACGAGCACAACCAAGCGCUGGCCCACCGCGCACAGAACGGCGACUUUGACGACGAGCUGAUCCUCGAGCAGCUGGCGCGCAACCGCGUCUUCCUGGGCGACGACGGCCUGCGCAAGCUGCGCUCGUCCUUUGUCGUCGUCGUCGGUUGCGGCGGCGUCGGCUCGCACGCCUGCGCUGCCCUCGCGCGCUCGGGCGUCUCCCGCAUCCGGCUGAUCGACUUCGACCAGGUCACGCUCAGUAGCCUGAACCGGCACGCCGUGGCCACCCUGGCCGACGUUGGCUUGCCCAAGGUGCAGUGCCUGCAGCGAAGGCUGGUGGCGGUGACGCCGUGGGUGCGGUUUGACCUGCGGCUGCAGAAGUUUGAUGGGAGUGCUGCCGGGGUCUUGUUGGACGGUUGGGAAGGGGAUGAGGCACAGCGGCCGGACUAUGUGAUUGAUGCCAUUGACAAUAUCGACAGCAAGGUCGAGCUGCUCAAGUAUUGCCAUGACCAGGGGUUGCCGGUGAUUUCGGCCAUGGGUGCAGGGACGAAGAGCGAUCCGACGAGGGUCAUGGUGGGGGAUAUCGGGGCGAGUUUCGAGGACGGGCUCUCGAGGGCGACGAGGCGGCGGUUGAAGCUGCUGGGUGUCAGUAGCGGGAUCCCCGUCGUGUACUCGACCGAGAAGAUGGGCGAGGGCAAGGCGGCGCUGCUGCCGCUGGCCGAGGAGGAGUUCCAGAAGGGAUCGGUGGGCGACCUGGGUGUGUUGCCCGAUUUCCGAGUCCGGAUCCUGCCGGUGUUAGGCACUAUGCCCGCUGUUUUUGGAUACACCGUGGCAAACCACGUUAUCCUGAAGAUUACAGGUUACCCUAUGGAGUACCAGCCCGCCAAGGCCCGUGAUAAGAUGUACGAGGCUAUUUUGGCGUAUGUCCAAGCUAGCGAGGAGAAGAUCGUUCGCAUGAUCGAAGGCGGCCGGACGGAUGUGUGCAUCGGUCUCAAGGUCCCUAUUACCCCAGCCGACAUCGCCUUUCUUGUGGAAGAGGCCUUCAGGGGCAGAAGUGCUAUAACCGGUAUUCCGACGAAGCUCAUGCUGAUCCGGUGGAAGAAGCCUCAGGAAACCACCCUGGUUCGUAUUGGGGAAGGCGAUGCCGAGCAAAAGUCAUCCAACCUCAGGCUGCGCGAUCUUGUUUGCCUGACCAAAGAGGAGGCUGUGAGGCACCAGAAGGAGUAUCUUCAUGGAGCCAAGAGCCUCGAAGAUCUCUACAGCCGUGAGGUCAUUGAACUGGUCGAAUCUCGCCAAAAGGAGGCCGAGGCGUACGAAAAGUAUAGAUGA